AACAGGCGGACUUAACUGUGGGCUCCUCGAAAUAUCUGUCCUCUUCACCAUACCUACUGUUUUGAUAGUUGUAAAAGAUGUUUUUUUUCUGUACGGGCAGUUUUGAUGAGUUGUGUAAGUGUCCUCACAUGGCAGGAUGAGUGGCGGAAAAUGCUGACUAAGGUUUCCUGUCACAUGGGACAAGAAACUGGUUUUCACUUCAUAAACUUGUGCAAGAUCAAAGAGGGAAGGGAGAGCAGCGGAGAGGUAGGGACAUUGUAUUUUGCAGAUUUCAUUAAGACCUUUUUUCUUUACCCUGAUAGUUUGUUGUAUUUUACCCUAAAAGUCAGACAUCUUUGAUUUCCUAAAAUGGCUUUCAGAGCAUUCACACAAACACACGUGUAUGAAAAGCAGGCAGCCUUAAAAGAAAAAGACAAAAGCAGCAUCCAGUGCAUCGAGUGCUAUGAUCAGAAUGUGUACAUGGGAAGUAGGGAUGCAACAGUGCAGCAUCUAAUCCUCCCCAGCAGCACCAAUGGAGACCAGAUAAAAACCAGAGACAGUAGGGUGAGAAAACUCGGCUCGAGCAACCCCGUUGUCCAACUGAGGGUAGUCCCACUUUUCAACCAUCUUCUGGUCCUGUGGGACCGGAGCGUCACAGCCAUCAACAUGUUCUCCUUACAGCCGGUCCCUGCGCUGAAAAAGAUCCAGCACGUGUCUUUGUUCGAGGUGUGCGACUCGGCGCUCGUAUCCCAGAAAGCGUGUGUGGAGAUGGUGACUUCCUCCAGCCGCAGGAAGGUGAUCCAGAUCCACGUGGUGGGCGUGGACAGGUGGGAGGUUGUAAAAGAAGUCCCUCUAGUCCAGGACCUGGCGUUGGCAGUAGAUGGCGCUUGUUUGUGUGGCACCAGCGACAGGUAUCUCCUCCGUGAUAUUUCAACCGGGAGCAGCCAGGAGCUUUUCCCUCACACUCACAGCAGGCAGCGAGUCUUUGUUACAUCAGCUGGCAGAGGGGAGUUCCUCCUGAACGGGCCUGAAUCUUUGGGCAUGUUUGUGAUGAAGACGGGGAUCUGCCAGCGCCCCCCCCUGCAGUGGCCUCAGGAGGUGCUGGCAGCCCGAGUGUGUUUCCCUUACAUCUUAACCCUGCAGCCCCAAGUGCUGUCUGUCUACAGUGUACUAGAUCAGCAGCACAAGCAGACUGUGAGCCUCAGAGGAGCCAAGGGUCUGCACUCCACAUCAGAUGGUGUGUUGGUGUUCACAGAGAGAGACAUUUUCAGCCUGCGCCUGGUGCCGUUCAAGGAGCAGGUCCAGGCACUGGUGAGGCUUGAGAGGGUGGAGGAGGCCUUAGUGCUGCUGGACGGAGUUCAAGAACGUCACCCGCUCGACUCAUACGAGGAGCUGCAGAAGGACAUCACUUGCCUGGCUGGAUAUGUUCAUUAUUACCAGCAGGGUUUUUCUGAGGCCAAAGAUCUAUUCAUUAAAGGUGGUCUGGACCCUAGAGAAAUCAUCCGCCUCCACCCUGACAUACAGUGCGGUCAGUGCGAGGACUUUCAAUCCCGGCUUGAUCAAGAGAACAAGGCCAGGGAUCUGCAGGCGCUCUGGCAGGAGGACAGGAACGCGCUUCAUCAUUACCUGGUGUUCCUGGGAGACUUUCUCAGAGCAGUCAGGGGAACAGAGCGAGGCCUGGAGUGCAGUCGGGAGGUGGACUGCGCCCUCCUGAGGCUGUACGCAGAACUGGGAGAGGAUGAAAAUCUGCAGCAGCUUGUAGCUUUCCCCAAUGAGUGCAGGCUGGAUCACUGUGUUCCUGUUUUGGAGCGACACAACAGAUAUUUCACAUUAGGCUCCCUCUAUCAAAGCCAUGGAAAGGAAAUCGAUGCACUCGAGACUUGGGUAGAAAUUGUCAAUGGCGCCCACAAAGACCCUACCUGCUCUGAUGUGUACGGACACAUAGUUUGGACCCUCAGCCAUCUAAAAGACAGUGAUGCUGUGUGGAAAUUUGCAGGCUGGACUUUGCAAAAGAAACAGGAGAUAGGUGUGCAGAUUUUCAUCGGGCGUCCACCAGAUGCUCCAUUAGAGACACAGGAUGUCCUUGCUUUCUUGGAGAAGUACCCGCUGGCGAUGCUUUUGUAUCUUGAGUUCUUAAUCCAUGAAAUGAAGAGUGAGGAGGAGAGGCAUCACAGCCGUCUGGCCCUGGCAUAUGUUAGUGAGGCGCUGAGGAAGGAAGAGGAAACCGAUUUGAUGAAGACCAGGGGGAAGUUGCAGCAGCUGCUGUGGGAAUCUGAGUUCUUUGACGUCUCUGUUGUUUACGAGAGAAUCAAGUCUACAACCCUGCACGUCGAGAAAGCAAUCCUCCUGGGUAGAGUUGGUGAGCACGCCGAAGCGCUGCAGGUGCUCGUUCACCAGGAGAGAGACCUCCAGGCUGCGCAGGCCUUCUGCUGCAGGGCCUCCCAAAACCAGGACUCACAGUUCAGACAGACCCUGCUGUUGACCCUGCUCCAAAUCUACCUGCGCUCUCACGACCUUACUAACGCCGCCAUGGAUCUGCUCAACGACAACGCGCAGGUCUUUACAGCAGAGAACGUGAUCCGGAUCUUGCCGGAUACCUGGUCUGUACAGCUGCUCUCCCAGUUCUUAGUCGCAUCCCUCAGACAGACCUUCCACCAGAGGCGGAUGGCAAGUCUGCAGAAGGCUCUGAGCCAGGUGGAGCUCAUGCGGCACAAGGUCAUCUGGAUGCAAACCACAAAAACAAAGUUCAGACUGGACGAGGAGCAGAAGUGUAAGGUUUGUCAGAGAGACUUUGCAGAGCCACAGUUUGCUUGUAACCUACGAGGUGAAAUGAUGCACACAAGGUGUUGUGGCCCCUCAUCGUCGUAAAGACACAGAUACACCAAUCUAUUCUGUGUUCAUGCAAAUACAUGUGUCUGUUUCCUACACGGUCAUUCCUCGAGAUUAGACUGGGCAAACUCUGUACAAAGAUUCCCUUCAUGCAGUCUGGACCAGACACUUUCCCUAAUUAGAAAAAAAAAAAUACAUUUAGUAAAUAACAGGUUUCAGAAUGCAAAGAGAGCAAGCCGUGCACUUUUAAAGAGUGGCAUGUCUGAGCCGUUUCCUUCAGACAUUGUGGACAGCAAUAGCUAUAAAGUGAAUCUUGGAGGACACUCGGGUGGAUGUGCUCACUGAUCAGACAGUACUGUUUUCACAUGGAAACCAGCUGUGGUAAACCUGAUGACUGGAGAGAGCUUGACCAUCUUCCAUCGCCCUAUAUAUGCAUCUCCGCCAUCCUGGUUUCCAUAAACUGUGUAUAUUUGUCUCCAUAGAGCCGGGAAUAGAAAGUCCACUGAGGAGCUUUUUUUUUUAUGCUUUUUUUCUUUUGCAUGAAAAUGUUUGACCCCUGCAGAUAAUCACAAGUACAUGUUUAAAAAAUGAAAAGCAAACAACUUGAAGAAAUGAAGAGUUUGGGGUCGCUUCUGUUAGUUUUGUUAAGCAACCUAAUAAGAUGUUUAUGAUGUUUCUGAACGCGGAAAACAGAGAAAAUCAUCCACCCUGUAUUAUUAGGGAACAUAAAUAGAUGUGUACUCCAAAUAGUAGCACACAAAAAACUCCUCUGUGUCCACAUGUACACUAUAAAUCUGGUAGAUCAGCGUAAACACAUAUAAUUAAGUUUGAUGACACUCAAACUGUAUUUAUUUUUUCUGUAAUUUAGUCAUUAAGUCUAACCAUAACUGUUAGUAUUUCUUCAUCCUGAUGCAUUUUGGGACAGGAGCGAAGGAGACGCCUAAACGAGCAGAACAGUUGCAGCAUUUGGCUCGAGUCUGAACACUUGUUGGCCUUGGGUGAGGGACUAAUUGCACUGUAGAUAAAUAGUAGAUAAUGAGUUCAUUGGAAGGCAGUAUCACUUUGUGAUGCCCUUGCCAAGAUUUCUUCUGUUUUCUCCACUAAUGAGGAGUAGUUGGAGUUCUCACUGAGGGUUUCAUAUACUGUACAGUGUGAGUGUUGUGAAGUCCUUUCAGAGUCCAACUAGAAUUAUGGUCUACAAGAUUACACCGGGCUCAAGCUUUGACCUGAAAUUUCUCACUUUGAUUGUAUAACUUUAACCUCUGACUCAUGUAAAUGAGCUGAAUCAUGUCCCAGACACCACAAUGUUUCUGUUAUGUGUGGUCAGAGUGGAAGAUGCCACGUCCACCCUGAAUAUCUACAUGUCUCCCAAUCUCUAAUUCUCGUUUAGGUUAGUUCAUGUGGUUCACACAAGAACACAAAACGUACAAAGCACAAAGAGACAAUGUGUCAACAUGUAAAGUGGGCAACGUAGACACCAGUGAAUGGCUCAUUUGAAAAACACAAUUAAAAGGAAAUGUUAUAGGUCAUACAAAACAACCGAAACAUCAGUGUUCGAACUGAAAAAAGAAAGAGA